GUCCCGUCGUGCGCCCUGAUGAGAGAUCCCGUCUGUACAUCGGCUCCCAUGGCUUACCAUCCGUUCCAGGUUCAUCGACCAGGUGCCUUCUCCCUGUCAGCCUUCCUCUCCGGGGCUCAGCCCUCCUUCUUCCCCGCGAUGACGUUCUCGGACGUGUCCUCGCCCCCGCAGCCCGCGCCGGACCAGGCUGCCUCUGACGCGGGGCUGCACGCCGCGCUCGGACGUCAAAGUCGGCCGGUGGCCCCCCGCGGCUUCACGAAGAGCCAGCAGCCGGAGCCGUGGCCGGAGGACGACCCCAAAGUCACCCUGGAGUCCAAGAAUUUAUGGAAUGAAUUUCACAAGAUGGGAACGGAAAUGGUGAUCACAAAGUCAGGAAGGAGGAUGUUUCCCCCCUUCAAAGUGCGAGUAGAUGGGCUGGACGAAGCCGCAAAGUACAUCCUGCUGAUGGACAUAGUCGCCGUCGACGACUGCCGCUACAAGUUUCACAACUCCCGCUGGAUGGUGGCAGGGAAAGCUGACCCAGAGAUGCCAAAACGCAUGUACAUCCACCCGGACAGCCCGUCCAAAGGAGAGCAGUGGAUGAGCAAGCCUGUGGCUUUCCACAAACUCAAACUCACCAAUAAUGUUUCGGAUAAGCACGGAUUUACAAUUUUGAAUUCCAUGCAUAAAUACCAGCCCAGGUUCCACAUUGUGAGAGCCAACGACAUAAUGAAGCUCCCGUACAGCACCUUCCGCACCUACGUCUUCCCCGAGACGGAGUUCAUCGCUGUCACUGCCUAUCAGAAUGAAAAGAUCACACAACUGAAAAUCGACAACAACCCGUUUGCUAAAGGAUUCAGAGACACGGGAAACGGCAGAAGAGAGAAGAGGAAUAAACAGUUCAACGUUUCUCUGCUGCACGCCAACCAAAGCAAAGCUGACCAGGACUGCGCCGAUUCUGACGACUCGUGUGAACGGCCCAGCACCAGCGAAACCCUCUAUUCACCCAGAGAGCAGCUGAGCAGCCCUCUGAUGUCUGCACCAGCCUGUCAAGAUGAAGACAAUAUCGGAAGUGAUUCUGAUGUUGAUCUGCAAGACGAUGAUGACAGUGCUCAAGCCAGCUGCACCAGGACUGAAUAUACGUCUGCUUCCACUCAGCAGAGUAAGGAUAUACUAUGGAAUAAGUGCGACUUCAAGAAAAAUGACACCAGCUGGAAUGCACCCAAAGAAAGAACUACAUUUAGAGCACCAGAUGACAGGUAUUCUAUGGAAACGGACUUCACAGAGAGGCCGAUCAAAGAUGGGCUCCUGCCCAUGAUGUUACCGCUGCGGAGCUCUUCAUCCCUCAACGCCGGUCAGCGUCAGAGUUUGGAUUUCUUAAGUGCACCCAGCCAACCUUUCAUCAAGCUUGGGGCGCCUUUGUUGUUUCAUCCUGGACAGCUUUCAGUGAAGCCUGAUGCUUUUCCCACAAUGGGUAUGGGACAUGUACUUUCCUCUUUGCCUGGAGUGAGUGACUUCGAAAAUGGAGGCCUAUCUUCUCAGAGCGUCGCCUCUUCGUCCCCCUUCAUGUUUCACCUGUCACAACAGAUGUUGGCAUCUCAGGGAAUCUCACUGUCACCUUUUGGAGGACUGUUGUCGUAUCCAUACCGCUACAUGUCGGCACCGGGUGCCAUCGCCCCAGCUCUUCCCACAUGCUCCGCAACCUCUUCGCUCACCAGAAACCAGCUUCACAGCAACUCGCGGCCUUGGUUGCGGUUCAGCCCUUAUCAGAUCCCCACACCAGCCGCCUCCAGCCAAAAUCCGCUGACGGCCAGAUUGCACGGCAGGUCACAGAACCAGCCGGAGAACAGAGGAUCAAGUCCGGUGUCUGACAGUCACAGUUCCAAAAACAAGGCCAAGCAUAAGACCUUUCUACCCAAGGCCAAUGGUAAGGGAUCCACGGAUGAACUGCGAAGCACAGCCAGUCCAUUAAGAGACCAAUGCAAACCACCUUCUGUACAAUAG